GCCGAUGCCAUGGCGUAUUUAAGCGCGAGCAAGAGGGUUGAGUGAGCUUUUUGUCACUAAGGCGUCUUAAAACAUUCAUUCUGCUUUCUGAUUUCGAUACGACCACUUUAUGGAUUAUUUGUGAAACGAGGUGGAGUUAAAUUAUCGUCUUUAGUUUAGUAGUUAAUGAUAGCGAGCUGGCUGUCAGUGAGAAAAAAUUGAAAGCGGAAGAUCUGACGUGCUGUAUGACGAAAGCGGAAGUGUUGGAUUACACAUUGCAGAUCUGAAAGCAGGUGUGUUUUGUGAAACAGAGGGAUGGAUGGAGAUAAAAGAGCAAAGUCUGAACGGAUUCUUCUGGAACCCUACAAGUACUUGUUACAGCUGCCAGGAAAACAUGUCCGAACGAAACUAUCUCAAGCGUUCAACCACUGGCUCGACGUCCCAGAGGACAAACUUCAGGUCAUUAUUGAGGUGACCGAGAUGCUUCACAAUGCCAGUCUUUUGAUUGACGAUAUUGAAGACAGCUCUAAUCUGCGCCGUGGUUUCCCCGUCGCCCAUAGCAUCUACGGCGUCCCCUCGGUUAUCAACUCUGCCAACUACGUUUACUUCCUGGGCCUGGAGAAGGUCCUCAUGCUAGACCACCCCGAGGCAGUGCGCGUCUUCACUCGUCAGCUUCUGGAGCUGCACCGCGGCCAGGGACUCGACAUUCACUGGCGCGACACGUACACCUGCCCGAGCGAGGACGAGUACCGCGCCAUGGUGCUUCAGAAAACCGGGGGCCUUUUUGGCCUCGCCGUCGGACUCAUGCAGCUUUUCUCUGAUUGGAAACGAGAUCUAAAACCACUUUUAGACACCCUGGGGCUUUUCUUCCAAAUUCGUGACGACUACGCCAACUUGAACUCACAAGAGUACAGCGCUAACAAGAGCUUCUGUGAAGAUCUGACGGAAGGGAAGUUCUCUUUUCCCACCAUACAUGCCAUCUGGUCGCGACCCGAGAGCACGCAAGUGCAAAAUAUAUUGCGUCAACGCACUCAGAAUGUGGAUAUUAAGCGUUAUUGCGUGGACUACCUGGAGAAGGUGGGUUCUUUUGCUUACACGCGUCAGACGCUAAUGAUCCUGGAAGCGGAAGCGCACCGACUGAUCGCAAAUCUGGGAGGAAACCCAGAACUAGAGGCCCUGUUGGAGCACCUCAGUCACAUGUACAAAGAGCCAGAGGCCGGGGCUUCUGUCAGCCAAUCAAAAGAGCCCAUGGCCUGAACUUCAGACAGUCAAUCAAAUCAAUGAUCUAUGCUAAUCACGUCUGCAUACACUUUCUGUGACUGAAUUAGAUCAGAGCAUAAGCAUUGUAAAUAGCGAAUUACACCUGAUUGAUUGAUUUUAUGACAACAAAGCAUAGAAAAUAUUUCUGCCUCUGUCUCUCACUUUAGCAUGAAUUCCCGGCCCACAUGACACCACAUGCCGAAGUGUCCUUGGGCAAGACACUGAACCCCAAGUUGCUCCCAAUGGCAGGCUAGCACCUUCCAUGGCAUCUCUGCUGUCGUGUGUGUCACACUGUAAAGCGCAUUGAAUACCGCUAAGGUUCAAAAGCCCUAUAUAAGUGCAGACCAUUUACCAUCAACGCAUCAUAAAAUAAGAUACGUUUGCCUUUUUCAGGCGAAUAAGUUAAGGCAUGAAAUCCUCAUUGUGCCAAGUGGGCUGAUGAUGGUUGUCAUGGUGAUACAUGUGUCAUCUGGUCAGAUUAAUACAACCAUUAAUUUCCAUUGAUAAGGUGUAAAGAUAUGAGGCCAUACUUUACCCACAUAAAUAACGGUGAAUGAUUUGUGUUUCCGAGAGCGGCUGAAGUAAUGGUCACCACUUACUGAUAUUUAUAACCAUAAAUAAUAUGGAUGGAUGUUUCAUUUGAUACUUAUAUACCUCUGAAAUAGAGUGAAUAGGCGGGAAAACAUUUUGUUGUUUCGGACUGUAGUGUAAAAUAACAACACUGCUCCUGCAUAUGCAGGUAUUUUCUUGGAUGUGAAUGUUUUUAAUAUCGCUACAUUGAAUAAACAUACCUUUUGGGGGCGGCUGUGGCUCAGGUGGUAGAGCGGGUCGGCCAUUAAUCGCAGGAUUGGUGGUUCGAUUCCCGGCCCACAUGACUCCACGUGCCGAAGUGUCCUUGGGCAAGAAACUGAACCCCAAGUUGCUCCCAAUGGCAUAGAUCCUCUGCUAUGAUCAGGUCCACAAGUAAAACUGUAGAAAGCGUUCCAGAUUUUGGUAGAAUUGAAUGUGCAUCAUUUACAAAGUUGUAUUCUGUUUAUUUCAUAUUUUGUCUAAUUUGAGUUUGCUUUCCACUACCCAUAUAAAACCAGUAAGUAAUGCAUAAUCAGUGACCAGCUUAGCGAAGGGUCAAUUGUGUUUACUGGUGGGAUAUCCAUUGUUGGGGGAAAUGUUCACUUUCUGCAAUUUAUUAUUUAGUGUUGAUUGUUAUUACUCUUUUGAAAUGGCAUAGAACAAUUUAAUCUCACCACCAGAUAGAGCUAAAGACACAUUAAACUCCCGAGACCCCCACGUGACUGCUGUGCAUUUUCCAUUUCCCUUUAUGAUUUUAACAUGUAGCACCUAAUAAACAUGCACACAAAAAUAAAUAAAUCUAGAGCAAAUAGUUUUCCUAAAUCUUGAUGACCACAUAUGGGGACAGUGGGAUUAAGUUGUGUCCAUGACAUUUGUUUAUAGGAUACUUGAGAUGUUCUAAAAUGCCAUAAUGUGAUUGAAAUGAACAGGAGAUGAUGCCCCCUUUUCUGAAGUGCUUAUUUUGAAUAUUUGUUACUCAAAAAAAGCAUCUUGCGGUCUCAAAUAUAAUGCACUAAAACUAUUGCCCCUGUAUCUACACAAUAGGCCCUCUCGCUCCUUUUAAAUAAAAUAAUUUUACUCAUCACAACCUUGUUAUUUAUUUUCACACAUGUUGCUCCAUCAAUAUUCAAUCUUUUUGUUAAAUCUUGAUACACUGUGACCCAAAUAAAAGCACAUAUUGC